GCCGCGACCCCCACCCCGCUCCGCCUGGCCGAGCACCUGGUGCCCGGCUCCUCGGGGUUAGAGACGCGGGCUCCGAGGCCCGGCCGGGCGCGGGGUCAGGGGACUGCGGGCCUCUGGGGGCGGGGCGCCGCGACACCGAGGCGCUGGGGCGGCAGGAGAGCCCCCCCGGCCGACCCUUCCCCCCGAGUUUCCUUUUCUUUCUGUGCCGCCCAGGGAGGGCCCGGCCGGCCCGCUGGACUGCAGAUGUCGCUGGGGCCGCUCAGCUGCCUCCUGCGCCCGCCCCUCGUCAGUGCCCCGCUCGCACCGCAUCUAUUAGGCACCCUCUGCAUGCAGGCCCAGCGCCAGACCUGUUAACGUUUAACCGCGGUGGAGGGCCUGGCCGAGAGCGGCCUUCACCCCCGCCCCGGGGUCAGCGCCGGGCAGCGCCCCGGUCCACACCUGCUGCUCGAGGCCUCCCUACUGGAGGUUACGCAGCACCUACGGGGAAACAGCCCGGGCGUCGCCGGCCAGACGCACCCCGCGCGGGGCUCUGCCUGCUUUUGCGAACUCAGAAGCAGGCGGGACUCAGGGCGGGCGCCGGCAGAACUUCCCUGGGUCUGACCCGGCUGGGCACAGCGCACUUUGGCUCUGGGGCUUCGUGCAAAUGCGGGGGCGCUGACUGCUCAUCUGUGGUGAAGACCGCGGUCCCAGGAGGGGGCACCAGAGGCAGAGUCUCAGAAGUGAUCAAGAAAGGGAGAUUUAGAAAGGGAGGGAGGGCACUGAAUAGAGCAGGUGACCGCCGGAGCGGGGACCCGGGAGGAAGGGCUGGGUGGGAGGAGACGGGCAGAACCCCAGGGGCCGCGCUGCCACCCUGCUCGGCCCCGCCCCCUGACCCCUGCCCGCGGCCCCGCGGUGACAUCUGACCUUGUGGCGGCCGCAGACUGGGGACAAAGGGGCCGGGGCCCAUCUGCCGCGGGGGCGCCCGUGGGAACCGUCAGACGCCGGCCCGGCGCCUGGGAACCCACCCCGCCCCCCAGGUGACCUUGGCUCCCUGUGCCCCAGCGGCCACCUGGGGGACUGGGGACCAAGAUCACCUGUAUAGACCCGCGGUGGGGGAGGGAAGUCGCCUCCUCUGCUCCCCUCCCCCAAGGUGGCCUGCCUCAGUUUCCUGCCUUCUUCCAGCCUGGGUCGGGUGCAGAGCCCGGUGAGGAAGGACAGGAGACGGUGCCUCCCACCCUGUGCUGCCUCGGGGGCGGGGAGAGCGGGUUCCAGGCGCGGACUCGGGUGACCUCCAGCCAGGCCCCUGUCAGUGUCCUGGGGAGAGGCGGCCGUUGGCCCACACCUGCCCAGGUGUGGCCUGGAGCGCCCGCCCCAGGCAGGGGCCCAGAUCUUCCUAAGCCUCGGCUUGGGUUUCAGCUGCGGCGAGGAGGGGACAGCUGGCCCCCAACCCCAGCCCCUCCGUCCGCCCCCAGGGGCCACAGGGGUGUGGCGUAGCUCAGGACUUUCGAGCUAAGCCUCUGCCUGCACGCGGCUGGCUGGGCUAAACCAGCCCCAACCCCUGCGGGAGGGAAGCCAGAACCUGGGAGCGGGGGCGGUCUGCGAGAGCCAGACAGUUGCACACCCCUCUGGACCUGGGGUCUCAGCCCCGAAGCACAAGCACUUCUGGGCUUCUGCCCUUAUAGUUGGUGCCUGUCCUCCACAGCCUCAUUUUUUUUUCUACAUUUUUGGUUUUUUCAAUGCUGGAGAUGGAACCCAGG